CCAUUUCCGCGCAGGCGCAGUCAGGCGCGAACGGUCGAGCGCCGAGCGGCCGAUGGGGGCCGGGCCUCCGCCGCCAUCUUGGGCCGGGCAGCGGGGCCGCCGGCGCGUGGCCGUGCCGCAGCCAUGGAGCCGAGCGGCGGGCGGAAGGAGAAGCCCAAGGCCAAGGAGCCGGCGGCCCGGCUGGAGAAGGCUAAGCAGAAGUCGGCGCAGCAGGAGCUGAAGCAGAGGCAGAGGGCCGAGAUCUACGCUCUCAACAGAGUGAUGACAGAGCUGGAGCAGCAGCAGUUUGACUCCUUCUGCAAGCAGAUGCAGGCGUCCGGGGAGUGAGGAGCCUGCUCCGCGCGCCGGGAGGCAGCGCCGGGGCUGCGUCCCCGAUGCUGCGGUGCUGGCGCCCGACGGCGACGCGGGACGUGGCCGAGCGGCGUGCUCCCCGCGAGGGCGCGUCCCGCCUCGGCGCUGCCUCCCUCCCUCAGCCCCUGCCUUCGAUGCUCCCUCAUCUGGCGUCUGCCUCCUUUUCUAACACGUUCUCUAUUUAUUACUUUGGUUUGGAAAAUAACUUUUUUUUUUUUUUAAUAAAAGCUGUGGUUAUUCCA